AAAUGCUGCUGCUUUUUCCUUGAGGAAGCUUCAUUUACAUAAUUGAUUAGUGGCGACCGUUCAUUGGAGUAAAGAGGGAUGCAUGUAAUUAAUUAUGAAGCUGUAAAAAUCUGCAGUAUUAUCUGCGCUCUGAGGCGUUAUCAACUCUGACAGGAAGGACGGCCAACUUCAUGCCAACCUCAUGCUCAGCAAACAAGGUUGAAAUGAAGGCUUACCUUAAAACUCUAAACUGGAUAUUUAAACUCAAGUCCAAGCGCACUACGGUGGGAAGACACAAGGAUGCUGAUCUCUGUCUACAGAAUGGUGGUGUGGAGGAACACCACGCUACUAUAGAAUGGAAUGAGGCGGACCACUGCUAUGUUCUGAGUGACCUGAACUCUGUCCAUGGCACUUACGUUAAUGACUGUCGCAUUCACAACGCAGCAGUGCGCCUUACACCUGGAGACGAGCUUCACUUUGGCUAUGGAGGCUCAACCUAUGAGCUCAUGCUGGACACUAAAGAUGCACUCCCUGUUCUAGCUGUCCAGUCUGCUGCUCCCACAGGCCGGACCAGGAGUCGUGCACGUUCUCCUCCUGUUACCCCACGUCCCCCUGAUAGGCCUCGGCCUGCCAGCGCAGGAGCUAAAUGCACUAGUUUAGCUCCAAAGACUUCAAAAUCCUGGGGCCACUCUUACAGAGCAGGAAGCUGGUGCAGCAGCACAGGAAGAGAACUCUCUCUGAGAAAUAUAACUGCAUCACAGAGCUCUCACAGCAUGCAGGACUUAAUACAGGACAAGGAGGAUACCUGGGUGAGACAGGGUGAGGAGCUGAGUGGUGUGAUCAUGUGUGAGGGGGAAGCUCAGAGGAAAGAAUGUGUGAUGGCGGCCUUGAAGGAUGAGGUGUCAGCUCUCCGGCUGCAACUUGCUCAGAACAGUCAAAGUGACCCUGAUGUCCGACACAGACUCAAUAACUUGGCCAGAGACAUCCAGGAGAAAAAAGAGGAAAUCCAGCAGCUAAAGGAACAGAUGCUGGAGAUCCAGAAGAAUUCAGGUGAGCUUGUUGCUCAGGCUGUAGCAGAGAAAGAGCAGAGGAUCAGCAGUCUGAGAGCACAGCUAACUAACCUCAAGAGUGAAAACAGCAAGUGUUCAGCAAUGGUGAACAAUCUGCAGAAGGACCUGGUGGCUCGGGAGAAGCAGACAUUGAAGCUGGCUGCUGAGGUUGACAAACUCAGACAGGCUGUGAGAUAUAAGGAUGCUCAGCUUAGCAACAUGGCUACUAAGUUAUCACAAAUGAAAGAGACUGAGAAGCAUCAGGAAGAGUUUCUUGCCCAAGAAAAGGUGGUGGAAUCUCUCAAGAAGACUGUAGAGAGGUUGGAGGGGAUUCUGAGAGAGAAACAGAAUGAGCUGAAGCAGCAGAACACAGAGAGAGAUUCUCUCAAACACAGACUGGAGCAGAUGAUGCAGGAGCAAGUCUCUAGUGAGACUGAGAUGAGCAGACUGAAGGUUCUGCAGCAGCACACACUCCAGAGAGAAGAGAAAGCUCAAACAGAGCUAAGACACUCACAGACAAGGCUUGAGAAUCUUUACAGUCAGAUCAAAAAAUGCAUACUCCUCACUUCUGAAACUGUAUCAGAGAAAGAGGUGUUGGAGCAUUUGUCAGAGCUAGCAGAAGAGAAGGAGGAGUUCAGGUCCAGAAUUAAAGAGAUGGAGCAACAACUUCAAGAACACAAUGAGAAUCAGAGGCUCGUGGAAGAAGACAGUGAGAAACUCAAGGCCAGACUGGCUGAAUGGCAGAUUCAUGCAAAGAAAGCGUGCAUGGUGGAUGCGAUACAGAGCCAAAUAUCUGCCCUUCAGGAUGAGAGUGUGUGCCCUGCUGUCAGUUGGGUUCAGACUCACACACUCUUUAUACUGACCAGUCUACACACACUGCUGCAGGACACUGUGAAUGGACUGCAGGCAGCAGGAAUGGAGGUGUCUGAGGAAAAAGGAGGAGUGUCAGGGACCAUACAGGAUUUGUGCCAGCAGCAUUGGAAGAUCCAGGCAGAACUCAAGAGACUGAAGGCAGAGAAGGAGCAGCUUGAAGAAAGAGAAGCCCAGGCUGGUGAACUACAGGACAGUCUGGAAGCCAUGAGACAAGAACUGGAACAUCAGAAACUACAGAUUACAGAAAGAAAGGCAGAGAUGGAGAACACUGUGAAGCUUCAACUGGAGAAGAUGAAGACUGAUCUGGAGUCAGCCAGAACAGCAGAAGUUGUUCUGCGUUUGGAGAUGGAGACAAGACAGGCAGAGUGGAUCAUCAAACUGGAGAAAGCAAAGGAAAAAGAAAGGGAACUGACGGAGAAAGUUAGGGAAAGAGAAAAACAAGUGGAGCAAUGGAGGGAGAGAAACCUGGAAGAGGAAGAGAGUAAAAGAGAGUGGUUGAGACAAAUAGAGGAGGGCCUGCAGAGAGGGGCAGAGGAGGAGAGAGAGAGGAUCAGAGUGGAGAUCGAAGAGUACAAGGAGCAGGUGCGGCAGCACGCUCACACCAUUGUCGCCAUGGAAAAGCAAGUGAGCACAGCCCAGCAGAGAGAGCGAGAGUUGGAGGAGGAGAGAGACUCAUUGACACAGCAGCUUGCAGAGGCACUCAGCAGACUGGAGGAAGAUAAGCCCAGCAUUGCACAUGAGGAAUCAAAAGAGCAACAGCAACUAGAGCAGACAGUCACAUCUCUCAGGGCAUCACUUGAAGAGUCCCAAAAGGAAGUGGUCAGGCAGGGUGAGGUCAUCACUUCUCUGAGUCGUGACUUGGCACAUGUCCAUGCUCGCCUCUCUGACCUCACAGGGGAACUGAGCGAGCAGCAGAAAAUGGAGUUGGAGACUCACAAAGCUUUAGUGGUAGACCAGAGGAUGCAACUGAGCAUGCUCACUCAGAAAUUGACCAUGACCUCGCAGCUUCUGGAACAGAAGGAUGAGGAACAAAAGAUGCUGAGAGAGAAGCUGACAGAAACAGAGAAGGAUUUGAAGAGUAAAACAGAAGACCAAGAGUACACCAGCCUUGUUCCUGUGCUACGAAUGCAGCAAACUAAGGAUGCAUCCCUUAUGGUGAGUCCCAGCGAUCUUACCCCUCAGAGUUCAAAGGGCAAAAGUCAUCGCUGUGAAGCUAUGAUCCGUCAGCAGAGGGAAACACUCGCUGAGAUGAGAGCGAGGAUCAGAGCUGUUGAACAGAAGUGGCCCAGCAAGCUGUUAGGCCAGCAGGUGGAGCCAGUGAUGCAGGACCGAAUGAAGACUCACAGGCCUCAGAGACUUCAAGCACAAAGGGGUUCAAUCAGCCAUGUGAGCGGCUUUGCCUUCCCUGAGGCUCUGAGUGAGGCAGCAUUGGAACGCACAGCAAGGCUGGACAUGUCAGAUGCUCUGGAGCUAAGCGAGAGGACUUAUGUGGAUUUGGCGCGAGAGCUGUGUGAAGCUUUAGAGUUGAGUCAGGGGCAGCUUUCAGGAUGUGUCCCACUGAAGCACCUCCCGCCUGCAGAGAGAGAGCGGCUGGCCUCACUCAGACAGGACGACCUGGAGCUGUUCCGAAACCGCUUGGCUCUACAGAACAGCCAGAGCCAAAACACACACCUGCUACUGCAACAGAGCCAGAGGGAGAUACACACACUCAGGGAGAGCCAAGCUGUGGGUCAGCAGCUGCAGGCUGAGCUGGACAGUGUGCAUACUGAGCUAGAAGCUGUGAAACAGGAGAGUGCUGCACUCCGCCAGGCCCUGCAGCUUACCCAGACCCAGCUGCAGAGCCACCGAGACCAGUGCUCCACUAAGAACCGCAAGGCUCUGAGUAUGGAGAGAAUGGACGUGAGGAGUGGAAGAAUUGGCCAUCACAACUGUGUACCUAAUGACAGCUAUGAGAAGGUAACAGUGCUAAAAAGAAGGCAGCAGCAGGACAGAAGAAGAAGAAGGGAGGCUGAGGUGGACACUCUGAAGAGUGAGCCCGGGCACAAAGAGCAGGCUGAGUGUAAAAUGGCUGCUCAGUUGACCAGCAUGCCACAGCGACAACAAAGCAUUGAGCUCACUGAGGCCCACUGACAUCGACACAGCCAGAAAAAUGCCUUGAAGUGAGUGUCAUGCAAACCGCUGUGGUGCCUUACUGUUAUAGUAAUUGCAGCUGCACCCACCUGGAUGCCAGUUGGUUAAAGUGACAGCUAACCUGGCUAAUCAUGAAAAUAUCAAUAACACUUCUGUAAACGUGCUUAGACCACAUCUAGAUCUUCAUUAAGAUUGAGUGGUUUAGAGGACAGUAUGACGUACUGUGAGCUAUAAAAACAAACAAAACUUCACUGUGCAGUUGAACUGUAAGGGCUGCCACUUUAGACAGCAGAUGUUCUGUCAAAUUACAGCUCCCCUUCGCAUGUACACACGUCACACAAACAUAGAGACACUAGAUUACAUUCAUGAUUUUUGCUGUUUUCUGUUUUUAAAUACACACAUUCAGUUACAUGGUACAGAUACAGGGUGAAGUCUUUUUCAUUUUUAUAGUUCACAAUGAGUCAUAUUGUGUCCUAGACCGCAUCGACAGGUCUGCACCACCUUGAAUAUCUAAAUGUGGUUUGAGCGAAUUGAGAGAGGUUUUGGGUUUAUGCUUUUAAUGUAUUUUUUUGAUCUGGGUGACUGUUGACUUCCAGUGUUUCUAACCUCUGGGAUAAGUGGAAAGCUGUGUAAAUUAGAUUUUUCACUGAACAAUUCUUUGAAAGUGACAUCAUUGUCAUUUGCAUUGAAUACACAUGAAGAUUUCUUCUUUAGUGGUGUAGCUAUGACACUCAUGUAGCUAACAAGCAGUGCUUAUAACAUGCUUUAUAUUAUGCCUAGAUAAUCAUAAACAUUCUUUAAAUGGUGUUAUGAGCUUAUAUCACAUAGACUUGUGUAUGUGGUUUCAGUCACUGUAUAACAAAUUGCUAUCUGUAAAAAAAGGUUUUGCAUGUUGCACAGCUAAAGACAGUAGUAGUAAUCUUAAAGCCCAAGUUAUGUCGAUACGUUUGUGUAAAUGUGAUUUUUCCUUUAAUCAGAUCUAAUUGUACUUGCCACAGCGGUUCUACACACUACAAAUAUAUUGUUUAAUUCUUUGUGGAAUGACAAGAACUGUGAAGUGUUUCUGUGCUUGUCUCAGUUAGCACUUAUUACAGCAGAUAUAUGUAUAUGUUUAAAUGGCUCUAUAUUUAAA